CCACGUCAUAAAUCCUCUCCAUCUCUACUAAUAUCUAUGGGUCUGACUGUGGAGUCAAUGUGAAUGUAGGCAUAAUAACAAUUCAGAUUAGGAGACAAUCACAAGGCCAGGUGGUAUAAAGUAAGCUAUAGUAGAGCUUAGCCCAAGUGUGUUAAUGGUUAUAAAAAGUCAGUGUUAUAUUUUACAAUUUGAUUCAACCGAACGAUGCGCUACAGCUGUCAAAAUCAGCUGUCACACUUGCGCUUAAUGUAGCCUAGCUAUCCACUGCGCUUUGUGGAACAAUAGGGCAUCUUCAUAACGUCAAAAACAUUACGGGCUGUAAAUAUUUUUGUUUUUGGUGCAUUAAAGCAGCGGGCUCCAUCUUUACGCGUGAGAAGAAAAACGUGAGCAUCUAACAUCUACUUGUGAGAGGUUGCCUAUAGUGCCUACCAGCCGUUCGGAUUUCGGCUGUCCAGCGAAAAUUCGAGCUCGGUAGGCUACUGAAUAGGGGACGAGGACGUAGGUUAAUCGUAGACUCAAACUCGUUGUCUCCGAAAAGCGUAUAGGGUCAGUUAAAUCCUGAUGAGUUCCAAGUAUAACUGCCAAAAAUGGCCGGUGAACAUCCCCCAUGCUACGUGCGCACGGCCACAGCUGCCGCGCGACAAUGCGGUAAACGGUAGAGGCUUUCAUUGGAUGUGAUGUGCAAUUUAACUAGACUAACUCAUUGCAAACGUGCCUGUGACGAUAAUGGUUAUUCACGGGAAUUAAUUGAAGGAUUUAGGCAUCACCAAGGUUACUGGCAAUGUAACCGAUACGGGGAUUAAUAUUACAGACAGGGGAGCUCAUUUACACCGGUACAGAGAUUUUCAGGAGCCUAAUGCUGACAGGAUUAAACCCUGUUCUAGUAUCAGAUGUGGAGGUAGGGCAGUGUUACAUGUAAGUUGGGCUCUUUCUGUGCAUUUUCAUUCAAUUUUAACUGUUUUAAGGCUCGUAAUGGUCAGGGAUCGUUUAGCAAACGGACUUUAUAUUCUCAAUCAUGUGUGGGCGUGAUGUAAUUUCCUCAGCGUGCACUUCGUCUUAAGGUGUAUAAGAUUCCCCGUCAUAGCAUCUAAACCAGUACAAGCAGUGAGGAUUUUGGAAACACACAAUUCACAUGGGCGAACCGAGGGUUCGGUUCUGGUUUGAUUGGACUCGGGCUCGCUGUCAAGACAACAGUGUUACUGAUCCAGAGAGAGAGAAACGAUGGGCCGAAUUAUUUGACCAAUUGGACCUAAAUAAAGACGGUCGGAUAGACCUGAAUGAACUGCGCACUGGACUAGCUGCUUGGGGUGUUCGUGGUGACGUGGAGGAGAUUGUGCGCGUCAGUGACACUAAUCACGAUGGCCAGUUGGACUUUGAGGAGUUCACCCAGUACCUUCUCGAGCAUGAGAAAGAGCUCCGGCUCAUGUUCCGCAACCUGGACCGUAACAACGAUGGUCACAUAGAUGUGGGGGAAAUACAGCUGUCCCUUCGCAACUUGGGAGUGGAUGUAUCCGUGGAGCAGGCCUCCCGAAUCCUCCAGAGCAUGGACAAGGAUGGCACCAUGACAAUUGACUGGAAAGAGUGGCGAGAUCACUUCCUAUUCAACCCCCUUCACAACCUAGAGGAAAUCGCUCAUCAUUGGAAGCAUGCUAUGAUGCUUGACAUCGGUGAGCACCUGACGGUCCCUGACGAGUUCUCGGAGCGGGAGCGGAGGUCGGGGUUGGUGUGGAGGCAGCUCAUGGCGGGGGCCAUGGCAGGAGCCGUCUCACGAACCGGCACAGCCCCACUGGACCGCCUCAAGGUGUUCCUGCAGGUGCAUGGCUCUAGUGGAGUGAGCCUGUGGAUAGGCCUGCGUGGCAUGGUCCAGGAGGGGGGUAUCAGGUCCCUAUGGAGGGGGAAUGGCAUUAACGUGCUCAAAAUAGCCCCAGAAUCAGCUAUCAAGUUUAUGGCCUAUGAACAGAUUAAAUGGGUCCUCAGAGGCUGUAGAGAGGGAGGCACGCUGAGGGUGCAGGAGAGGUUCUUAGCAGGUUCUCUGGCAGGGGCGACUGCCCAGACUAUCAUCUACCCUAUGGAGGUGCUAAAGACUCGGCUGACUCUGAGGAAAACGGGCCAGUACGCAGGCAUGGUGGACUGUGCCAAGCAGAUCCUUCAGAAGGAGGGAGUGCGGGCCUUCUACCGGGGCUACAUGCCCAACACUCUCGGCAUCAUUCCAUACGCUGGCAUCGAUCUGGCUGUCUAUGAGACCCUAAAGAACGCCUGGCUGCAGCGGUACUGCAAAGGCUCGGCUGACCCAGGGAUUCUGGUGCUGCUGGGAUGUGGCACAGUGUCCAGCACCUGCGGCCAGCUCGCCAGCUACCCACUGGCUCUGAUCCGCACGAGGAUGCAGGCCCAAGCCUCCACAGGGGGUGGGCCGCAGCUGUCAAUGGUGGGCCAGUUCAAGCACAUCGUGUCCCACGAGGGGGUCCCGGGCCUCUACCGCGGCAUCGCCCCCAACUUCCUCAAGGUCAUCCCUGCCGUCAGCAUCUCCUAUGUGGUGUACGAGCACAUGAAGAAAGUCCUCGGGGUCGGGUCGUAAGAACAAGAAGGGAAAGAGAGAGAGUGAUGGAGGAAGAGAGAAAGAUGGCAAAGGGGAGAUUCUGUGAGGUGGAAAAUGGGCCAAGAGUUGAAGAAUACAAGAGAAUACAUUCAGAUAAUGAAGAGAAACACAAACAGAGGAUGGCAACUCCAGCGGAAGGAUUCUGCAGUGAAUGGUCCAAAAAAACCUCUCUCCUAGUGUACAAAAGUGUCCCUCAUAGACCAUGUAAUCUUCAUUAGCCUCAACCCUCAUUGUUAGCUGGACCAGAAGCAAUAUCUGACGGCAGAGGAAUUUCAUGAAAAGCAUCUGGAGAAGGAGGAGUAUCCUGUACAUUUAUUGCAUGCUACAUAUAAUCAUAGCAUAGUUAGAAAAUGAUCAAGAAAUGCUAUGGAGCACAGAUGGAGGUUGAGUGAUGUAUUUUUACAAGAAUUUUAAUGCAGAUGUAUUUUAAUGCAGAUG